GCGUGCUGAGGUCACAGGUUGGAGGCGGAGUUACCGCCUUACAUCAGGAAAUCAAUUGCGCCUAAUGUAGCUGUAUGUUGUGCUGUGUAGUUCAGUUAACGAUGUAAACAAAAUAAGUUAGACGCAUUGGAACUUGCUUGCUUUAGCUACUUUCGUUUACUAAACAUGUUAGACACUUUAAUGAUGUGCUUACUGCACUUAGACUUUGCCACAAUCCAAACUAAGUUGAUGUAACGUUAGUUACUCGAUUUCAACUCACGCAACUCAACUGACGUCGUUGCGGGUCGUUUGGUUAUAGUGAGCUAGUAACGUUAAUGCUGUGACAGAGGUUGGUAGGUUAGGUAACUUAGCGGUUAGCUAACUUAAGCCAAGUUAAAGAGAAGUUAUUUAAGUUAACUAAGCCUUGAUAAACGGUGGCGACAUGACUUCCAACCAGAUGGAGGCUUCUUUGGGAGCUCUGCAGAACCCGGACCUAAGCUCUGUCCUGUCAUCAUGUGAGCCAGAGCUUCAGGAGCUGAUGAGACAGAUUGACAUAAUGAUCAAUCAUCAGAAGAGGGAGUGGGAGGCUGAGACUCUGGCCAUGGAGCUCAGGCUGAAAAGUGCACAAGAGGAGCUGUUGACAUCCAGGAAUCUCAUAGAACGGAGGGACCUGGAGAUGGGAUUGCUUCGCAAGCAGCUCGAUGAAGUCCAGCCUGGUCGACCAGAGUUAGUUACCAAAUACGAGCAGCAGCUGCAGAAAGUACGGGAAGAGUUGGAUAAAUUAAAGAGGAGUUAUGUCAAGCUUCAGCGCAAACAGCUCAAGGAGACCAGUGGGACAGAAGCAAACCGUUCAGAGGUGACCCGACUCAACGAAAAGAUUGAGGAAUAUCAGCAGCGCUCUGCUGAGUGGGAGCAGCACCACAUCCAGUACCAAAAACAACUGACAGCACUGGAGGCCCAAAAUAAGAGCCUAACUGAUGAGCUCACACACAUGAAAUCUCAGUGGGCAUUGUGGCAAAAGGACAGGGAGCAUCUGCGUACACAGCUGGAGAAGGCUCAGGGCUGCCUGCACUCACAGGAGCUCGAACUGGAACGCUUCCGACCGCUCGAGAUGUGGCUGGGACAGUCCCAGAGAGAGCAGCAGGUCAGCAGAACGGUGCUUUCAGAGGAAAGGGAGGAACUCCACGCCACACUGGACUCCCAGGAUUCAUUCGUACAAAGAGCCAGUCUCGAACGUCAGAAGCUUCGCAACCAAGCUCCCAGAUUCAACCAAGCACUGCAAGCUAAAGAUAAAGUCAUUCGCUCUCUGGAGGACUGCCUGGCAGCUCAGGGCUGUGCUGGUGUGGAAACCCUCAGACAAGAUCUGGAGAAGACUGCAACCAAGCUUCACUGUGCCGAAGCAUGUGAGGCUCAUCUCAAAGCUGAACUGGCGUGUGUCAAAGAGAGACUAGAGAGGGUGAGCCAACAGAGAGCUGGCCAAUCAGAACUGAGGAGCAUUAAGGCACAAUCUGAUUCCUCUGUUGCUGAAAUGAAAAAGGUCCGAGAGGAGCUUCUCAUGGCCAGGCAGACUCACAGUGGUGAGGUGGAGGGAAUGAGGAAGGAGGUGUCAAAGCUGACCACCGAGCUGCACCAACGCGACGUCACCAUCGGCACACUGAAAGGCUCUUCAUCCGGUGUCAGGCAGCAGCUCCGUGGGGAGGUGGAGCGAGCGGAGCAGAAGGGAGUUGAGCUUAAAAUGACUCGGGCACAGCUGGAGACUCUACAAACUGAGAACCAGCAUCUGAGGUCUGUGCUGCACAGGCUGGAGUCUCCGUCACCGAAGAGGGAGGACUCCUCUCUUGCAUCUCUGAGGGACAGUUAUGUGUCUUCCCUCAGCAGCCUGGAACAAGAGAACCUGCAGCUAAGGCAGGCACUCGCUGAGAUGCAAGCCCGACUCGAGGUCUCCAACCGGACCUGUCAAGACCGACAUGAACGAACUCUACUCAGCAACGCCGUGACUGACCAACCACGGCGUUCUCAGGACGGGGAGGAGAAAGCAACUCAAGCUGAGCUGCAGGAGAACGGCACUCGCUACGAAGGGGAGAUUCAUAGCCUCUUCAAACAGCUGCACACCCUGUCCCAUUCCUCUGGAGAGCACCCCUGUAGCCAGGCCCAAGACAGCAGGCCUCACUCUUCAGCAUCCUCCUCCUCCUCCUCCUCCACAAGACUCACCAGGAGAAACUCCGUGCCAAGUUCAAAUGAUUCUGCUGCUGAGUCACAAAGCUCCAGCUCUGAAAACUCUCUGGCCUCAGGGUCCAGAGAAAAACCUUUACCCUCUCUCUCUUCAAUGGAGCUUCUGGCGGUUUCACCCGCAGACGGCACGGUCUCUCGUUUCCUGGAGGAAGAGAGCUUUCUGGCCAAGGAGCUGGUCCAGAAGCUGGACACCCACAUCCAGGGGCUGAGAGAGAGCAACACCAGGAUACUCUCCAAGUACCUGGCGAGUGGCUCAGGGCCCGAGUGUGCCCAGACUUAGCAGACAGCAGAAUGGUUAGUGAUCGAGUAAGGUGGAAUAAAUCUGAAAACAAAGCUGCCUCGAACAGCAGCGUGGAAGACUUGACAUUUGUGUGCCUCACCUGUCUGAAGCCAAGCAGGUUAUGAUCUCGCCUUGAUUUGUUUAUCUGUUAGUCAACAGGAUUACGAAACAACUACUGGCCCGAUUUUCAUGAAACCUGUCGGAAGAAUGAAGCACGGGCAAAUGUUUUACUUUCGUUAAUGUUGCGAGAGAAGCAUUUGUACUGCAUUCAUGUGGUGUCGAAAUAAUCGGAAACAAGAGUUCCCAACUGAGAAAAUACACGUGAAGGCCCCCUCAAGUCAGAACAACAACUUGGAAAGUCUGCGAACAGUUUGGUACACGACCUGCCGAGUUAUCAUCAUAUUACGCAAAAACAUGGCUCACGAGACAAAGUAAAUGUUGGCUUGAUCAUGAACACUGAAGUCGAAAGAAUGACUUCCCAACUCGGGAAACUUGACCCUCCGAGGAGCACCUGAAUGCAGAGAUAUGUGCUCUCAGAAUGCCUUUCUAGUUUCUUACUUUUACAAAGUUUACACUAUUAAGUGCAGAGCUUUUAGUUCACCCAAGUUUUUUAUAGGAACUGUCAAAAGCCUCAUACAACCUGGCCCCCUGCAUCCCCACAGUGAAGGCCGUGUUGUACGUGGUCACACACACAACAUCGUAUUAGUCUGAUUAGCUUCUUUUUCUUAUUCUGUUUAUCUUGUAUUUAUUUGAUCUGUCUUCACUAAAUGUGCUUUUUUGUCCUGUCACUUCAAGCUUAUCUUAAAGAAAGCAACGACUGAUUAAACCCUUUGCAUCGCCUCCUGACUUGUGCGGCUGAGAUGCAUACUGUCCUGUGCCUCCAUGAGAUGUAACAAAGUUCCACUAGUCUGUAUUUGUAAUCCAAAAGAUAAACUAGCUUGACUACCCUCUUACAACACUGAA